UAUCGAAGAGUUGUAUAAUUACAAAUUUAAAGUUACGGUGGCAUACUAACCUCAACGAAAACAAAACCGGCAAAUAUUAUAAUUUUGCAUAAGAAUUACAUAAAUUAAAAGAUUAAAGAAUAUUAUUUAAACAUGGAUGCCACAGUUAUUAGAAAUAUGAAGGAUUUUCAACUUUUGUAUAAUCAAAUAUCUGAGACAUGUUUCAAAACUUGUGUGAGUACACUUCUUUCAAGGGAUAUCUCUGCUGAAGAGGAUCAAUGUAUAGAGAGUUGUUCAGGCAAACAUAUUCAUGCUAAUCAUAAAAUAAUGGAAAUAUUUAUGGAAGUACAGCCUACUAUUUUACGGAAAAGUAUGGAAGAACUUCAAAAAUCUCAAGCAGAUUUAGAAACACAAACGCAACAAGAACAGACCGUUGAAAAUACAACACAGUAAUCCUAUGUAAAUUAAUAGUAUCUUUUGUUACAUGUUUAAGGAAAAUAAUAUUUUUGUGUAAUAUAAUUUUAAAUAUUUUUAAAAAUAAAAUUGUAUGUCAUUAUAUAUG